AUGUUCUUCCGAGGGGCAGCGCUUUUGCUGCUGCUCCUGUGCCUGUGCCUGGUGCAGGUGGUCCUCUGUGCCGAGGACUACUACAACGUCCUGGGUAUCAGCAAGUCCGCCUCCGAUCGCGAGAUUAAAUCGGCCUACCGCAAACUCAGCAAGAAGUACCACCCCGACAAGAACCCCGGCGAUGACGGAGCAAAGGACAAAUUCGUCGAGGUCUCCGAGGCCUACGAGGCCCUGAUCGACCCCGAGACGCGCAAGAUCUACGACAAGUACGGCCACGAGGGCCUCGAGCAGCAGGGCGGCGGGGGCGGCCACCGCCACGACCCCUUCGACGUCUUCUCGCGCUUCUUCGGCGGCGGCGGCCACUUCGGCGGCCACGGCCAGCGCCGCGGCCAGGACGUCAACGUCCGCGUCGGCAUCUCCCUCCGCGACUUCUACAACGGCAUCAACACCGAGUUCCAGUGGGACAAGCAGCACAUCUGCGAGGACUGCGACGGCACCGGCAGCGCCGACGGCACCGUCGACACCUGCGGCGUCUGCGGCGGCCGCGGCGUCCGCAUCGUCAAGCACCAGCUCGCCCCGGGAAUGUUCCAGCAGGUCCAGAUGCAGUGCGACGCCUGCGGCGGCCGCGGCCAGGAGAUCAAGCACAAGUGCCACACGUGCGGCGGCGCGAGGGUCGUGAGGAAGCCGACGACGGUGCAGCUCAACGUCGCGCGCGGCGCCGGGCGCGACAGCCAGAUCGUGUACGAGAACGAGGCGGACGCGAGCCCGGACUACGUCGCCGGCAACCUGGUCGUCACGCUCGCCGAGAAGGAGCCCGAGCUGGAGACGGACAACCCGAGCAGGGUCGACGGCACCUUCUUCCGGCGCAAGGGGGAUGACCUGUACUGGACCGAGGUUCUGUCGCUGCGCGAGGCUUGGAUGGGAGAUUGGACGCGCAACCUGACGCACUUGGACGGGCAUGUGGUGAGGCUUGGGAGGGAGAGGGGACAGGUCGUGCAGCCCAGCCAUGUGGAGACCGUCAAGGGGGAGGGCAUGCCCAAGUACCACGAAGAUGGUGACAGCGUGUACCACAAGACGGAGUACGGCAACUUGUUUGUGGAUUACGUGGUGGUGCUCCCCGACCAGCUGGAGAGCGGGAUGGAGAAGGAGUUUUGGAGUGUGUUCCAGAAGUGGCGCGGCAAGGUGGCGGUCGACCUGCACAAGGACAGUGGCAGGCCAGAGAAGCCUGUGGUGCACGACGAGUUAUGA